AUGCUGUUUAAUGUGAGGAAUUUUGUCAGCAUUGCAAUACUAGCAGGGACCAGCAAGCAGCUGCUGCGACAGUUUUGCAUUGAAUGGCAAAAAUUACACAUUUUUUUGCUCUUUUGACUCAGGUAUGGGACACCAGCUCCAAUGAAUGUUCAAAUGAAAGGUCGGGACCUCCUUACUUUACAGAACUACACAGCUGAUGAACUGAAGUAUUUGCUGUGGAUGGCAUCAGAUUUGAAACAAAGGAUAAAGCACGAAGGAGAGUAUUUGCCUUUGAUGCAAGGCAAAUCUUUGGCCAUGAUUUUUGAGAAGAGAAGCACAAGGACAAGAUUAUCUGCAGAAACAGGAUUCGCACUCCUUGGAGGACAUCCUUCCUUCCUUACAACACAAGAUAUACAUCUGGGCACUAAUGAGAGUCUCACAGAUACAGCAAGGGUGCUGUCCAGCAUGACAAAUGCAAUCUUGGCUCGAGUUUAUGACCAUAAUGAUCUGGACCUAAUGGCGAAAGAAGCCACGAUCCCAAUAAUCAAUGGAUUGUCCGAUUUAUACCAUCCUCUUCAGAUUUUAGCUGAUUACCUAACUCUUCAGGAGCACUUUGGAGGGCUGAAGGGGCUCACCAUUGCCUGGAUCGGGGAUGGCAACAACGUCCUGCAGUCCUUCAUGACAAGCGCUGCAAAGCUGGGAAUGCACCUGAGGAUUGCCACUCCCAGGGGCUUUGAACCAGACCUCAGGAUAACUAAAAUAACUGAACAGAACUCCAAAGAGUAUGGUACCAAGUUACUUCUCACAACGGACCCUUUGGAAGCUGCAGACAGUGCCAAUGUCUUAGUUACAGACACAUGGAUUAGCAUGGGACAAGAAGAGGAGAAGAAAGAAAGACUAAAGGCCUUUCAAGGUUAUCAGAUUACAAUGCAGACCGCAAAAUCUGCUGCUCCCAACUGGACUUUUUUACAUUGUUUACCCAGAAAACCUGAAGAAGUUGAUGAUGAAGUGUUUUAUUCUCCACGAUCAUUGGUUUUCCAGGAGGCAGAGAACAGAAAAUGGACAAUUAUGGCUGUCAUGGUUUCCCUGCUGACAGAUUACUCACCACAGCUACAAAAACCCACAUUUUGAUGCUUGGAUUUCUGCCAGGAGAAAAAUACUCCUCAUCAGCAGAAUAUUCUGGUCCACAAAUACACAGAUCUUCUUCAGAAAGGACCAAGGCAAUGAGUGAUUUUUU